AUGUCUAAACAAGCAAACGGCAAUGGCAAGAAGCCCACCUCCCCCGCGGUCAACCUGAUCGCUGGUGGUGGUGCUGGUAUGAUGGAGGCCCUUGUCUGUCACCCGCUCGAUACCAUCAAGGUGCGCAUGCAGCUGUCCCGACGGGCCAAGGCCCCCGGAAUGAAGCCCCGCGGCUUCGUGACCACCGGCGUCGACAUUGUCAAGAAGGAGACCGCUCUCGGUCUGUACAAGGGUCUCGGAGCCGUGCUGGGCGGUAUCAUCCCCAAGAUGGCCAUCCGGUUCACCUCCUACGAGCAGUACAAGCUGCUCCUGGCCGAUAAGGAGACUGGCCAUGUCACCAGCAAAGCGACGUUCCUCGCUGGUCUUGCCGCCGGUGUCACCGAAGCCGUCGCCGUCGUCAACCCCAUGGAGGUCGUCAAGAUCCGUCUGCAGGCGCAGCACCACAGUCUGGCGGAUCCCCUCGAUACCCCCAAGUACCGCAGCGCGCCGCACGCGCUCUUCACCGUCAUCCGCGAGGAGGGCUUCAGCGCUCUGUACCGCGGCGUGUCGCUGACCGCCCUGCGCCAGGGCACCAACCAGGCCGCCAACUUCACGGCCUACACCGAGCUAAAGGCCUUCCUGCAGCGCGUCCAGCCCGAGUACGCCAACGCCCAGCUGCCCUCCUACCAGACCACCGUCAUCGGUCUGAUCUCCGGUGCCGUGGGCCCCUUCUCCAACGCCCCCAUCGACACCAUCAAGACCCGCCUGCAGAAGACUCGUGCCGAGCCCGGCCAGUCCGCCGUCUCCCGCAUCAUGGUGAUUGCCAAGGACAUGUUCAAGCAGGAGGGCGCCCGCGCCUUCUACAAGGGUAUCACCCCGCGUGUGAUGCGGGUGGCCCCCGGCCAGGCCGUCACGUUCACCGUGUACGAGUUCCUCAAGGGCAAGCUGGAGCAGUCCAACUGGAGCCUUGUCAACGGCGGCAAGUACGAGGAGUAG